AUGACAGUUAAUUAUCAUUCAAACAAUUCACUAAAAGGAACUUCGGAGUUAUUGUCAGCUGGUGGUCAUUCAAGCAGUUCCACAAUACGAAGCCCAGAAACUAUGCCUUCUCAUAAACGACAAAAAUCAGAAUGUGUUCAUCCAUUAUCACAGGUGGUAUUCGUGAAGACGUACAAGACAGCAAGUACGACCAUUUCUUCAAUACUCUUCCGUUAUGGGAUUAGUAACAAUUUGUCGUUUGUGUUACCAUCAAAACACAACCCAGGCUGGUUUUCAAGAACAGUACGUUUCAAUAGUAAAAUGAAGAAGUCGUUGUUGCCACCUCUUCCAGGCUCCAACUACAGUAUACUAGCAAGCCAUGUACCGUUCAAUAAAAAAUCGAUCGAUGACGUAAUUCCUCAUGCCAAGUAUAUAACAAUAUUACGUCAUCCUGUAUCAGCUUAUGAAUCAAUUUUUGGAUUUUUCAAAAUCGCUGAGUACGUUAACAUUGAUCACAACGCCACUCAAGAUGCAUUUAAAAUAUUUCUCUCAAACUCAGACAAGUAUUUGAAGCGUGUAAAAGAUCCUUACCACAAAACAUUGCUAAGAAAUAGACAAAUAUUUGAUAUUGGACUUGAUUUUGAAGAUUAUGACAACGCAACUCGUGUUGGUUAUGUUAUUAAACAGGCAUCCAAGGAGUUGGACUUGGUGAUGAUUACUGAGUACUUUGACGAAUCGCUUAUUCUGUUGAAAAAACUCCUGUGCUGGAAAUACGAAGACAUUUUUUACAUACAUCAAAAUAAGAGAAAUGACCGACUACGUGUGGAAAUUGAGGACUGGGAGCGACAGCGAAUAUUGGAAUUGAACGCAGCUGAUUUUAAACUGUAUCAACACUUCAAUUACACAUUUUGGCGUAAAGUUAAGGCGUAUGGUCCAAACUUCAGCAAAGACUUGGCGACUUUUCGAAGGAUGUUAGACAACAUGCACACAGAAUGUGCUGGAACUGGCCAGUGGCACCAUAUCUUCUUAGCAGAAGAAGCUAAAGGUGAUGGCGAGUGGUUACAGAGAGGAAUCAAAGCACUUGAUGCAUUGUGUUAUAUUGUGUUUGAUAAACACAAAAAGAAAAGUGGUCGAUGUUGUAAUACAUCUUACUCCAGACAGGAAGGCAUAAAACGUUUGUAUUGGUAA